AUGGCAGCUAGCGACUCUGGAACGGAUGAGUCAUUGUAUCCUAUCGCCGUGUUGAUUGACGAACUCAAAAAUGAAGAUGUACAAUUACGGUUGAAUUCUAUCAAGAAGCUGUCCACCAUAGCUUUAGCUCUUGGAGUGGAACGUACCCGGUCUGAAUUGAUUCCGUUUCUCACAGAUACAAUUUAUGACGAAGAUGAAGUACUAUUAGCACUCGCUGAGCAACUUGGCAACUUCAUCAACCUUGUUGGUGGAGGUGAAUAUGCCCACUGCCUCCUCCCGCCUCUGGAGUCGCUUGCUACAGUCGAGGAGACCGUAGUUCGCGACAAGGCUGUUGCCUCACUGAGGGCGGUAGCGGCGCACCACACACCGCAAGCACUAGAGCAAUACUUUGUGCCACUGGUUCAACGCUUAGCCGGUGGAGACUGGUUCACUUCGAGGGCAUCAGCUUGUGGAUUAUUUAGCGUGUGCUACACCCGCGUGUCGGCGCCAGUGAAAGCGGAGCUGCGUCAACAUUUCCGCUCCCUCUGCCAAGAUGACACGCCGAUGGUCCGUCGAGCCGCUGCCUACAAGCUGGGCGAGUUCGCCCGUGUCGUGGAGGUCGAAUAUGUUAAGAGCGAUCUCAUACCAAUGUUCGUCCAUUUGGCACAGGAUGAACAAGACUCUGUUCGUUUACUGGCGGCAGAAGCUUGCGCCGCUGUAGCAGCACUGCUCCCCCCGGAGGACAUGGAGCAACUUGUGAUGCCCACCGUACGUGCCCGAGCUGGAGACACUUCCUGGAGAGUGCGCUACAUGGUCGCCGAUAAGUUUGUAGAACUUCAACAAGCAGUAGGUCCUGAGCUAGCUCGUACAGACCUGGCACAAAUAUUCCAAGCCCUACUGAAAGACACUGAAGCUGAAGUACGCGCAGCCGCUGCUGGAAAAGUGAAAGACUUCUGCAUGAAUCUGGACAAAGCGCACCAGGAGCACAUAAUCAUGACCAUGAUCUUGCCCCAGAUAAAGGAUUUAGUCUGCGAUCCAAACCAACACGUGAAGUCAGCUCUCGCUUCUGUCAUCAUGGGCUUGAGCCCCAUCGUUGGACGGCACAACACUAUUGAAUACCUCCUACCCUUGUUCCUCACACAGUUAAAGGACGAGUGCCCAGAAGUGAGAUUGAAUAUCAUUUCAAACUUGGAAUGCGUGAACGAAGUGAUCGGGAUCCAACAGCUAGUGCAGUCCUUGUUGCCGGCCAUCGUUGAAUUGGCUGAAGACACAAAAUGGCGCGUCCGACUCGCCAUCAUUGAACACAUGCCUCUUUUAGCCGGACAACUUGGGCAGGAGUUCUUCGAUGAGAAGCUCACUGGGCUCUGCAUGUCGUGGCUCAUAGACCAUGUUUACGCGAUCCGUGAAGCUGCAACGCUCAAUCUUAAGAAGUUGGUCGAGCAAUAUGGCGCACAAUGGGCAGAAACAAACGUCAUACCCAAAGUUAUGGCGAUGUCCCGCGAACAGAACUAUUUACAUAGAAUGACUUAUCUAUUUUGCAUCAACGUUUUGUCCGAAGUGUGCGGAAAGGAUAUAACGACGAGGGUUUUGCUGCCAACCGUAUUGUCGAUGGCCGAUGACAAUGUUGCCAACGUACGUUUCAACGUUGCGAAAACUCUACAAAAGAUGGCGCCGUUCUUAGAUCCCGCCGUCAUCCAGCCCCAAGUGAAACCGGUUUUGGAAAAGUUGAACGUCGACCCGGACGUAGAUGUCAAGUAUUUCGCUUCGGAAGCAAUCGCCGGUAUUGCCGGCUAA